AUUUGCCAAUAACCACAUCGGACACUACAGGCGUAGACGGUGCGCGCCAACCGACCUGGCAGCUAUGUCACUGCGCACGGAACAUUAAACAGCUUCUAUUUAUUUUUUCGCUAUUAUUAAAAGAACUUCUUUAAUUGCCGAAAUGCUGCGGUUGGUGGUAACGUUGGCUCUGGCAGCCGCCAUGGCCAAAUGCGAUGAAGAAAUAAUGAAGAAUUUGACGACAGUCACGUGGGCACACGCUGUCAACAAUAAAGCUUACCUGGAGAAAGCAUUAGCUAGCGAGGUAUCCAUGCUGGAGGCGGACAUCGUACUAGGCCACAUCACGGGCAAGGACGGGCCACCCAUCCCGGUUAUGGCACACCCGCCGGCCACCAGCUCUGACCUGAGCCUGUCCGAAUUCCUGUCCACCGUGAAGCAACACAACAGCCACAGUGCCAAGCAGAAGGGCGUCAAGCUGGACUUCAAGUCUAUUGAGGCGUUUGAGAAGGCGCAAGCCCUUAUCGCUCCGUACAGCAAGCUUGAGGUGUCCUCCUUCCCGCUGUGGUUGAACGCUGACAUCUUGCCUGGUCCAGUGAAGGCCACCACCAAGCCGGUGGAUGCUGACAAGUUCCUGAAGCUGUCCGCGGAGCAUCCUCGCUGUGUCCUCUCAGUGGGCUGGACCACCAACUAUGGCGGCAACAUCACAGAGGGAGAAUACAGCCGCGAACAUAUAGGCACCAUGCUCAGGAAACUUCAUGAGAAUCACAUCAACCAGACUGUCACAUUCCCGGUCCGAGCCGGCAUAGCAUCCAACAGCCAACCAGUACUGCUAGACCUGCUCCGUGAAACGGCAUACCUGAACUCCUCGAUGACAGUAUGGUCGAGCGAAGGCGACCGCGUGGAGGUAGACCGGCUGCGAGCUCUGCUGCUAACCGUAGGCCUGGAGCGAAGCUACCUGGAUGUGCCUAAAGACCUGGCUGAUAGGCUUCACCUCCCGCCCGCCGCUAACGUUAAGAACUAAAUAAAUAUCUAUACGCGA